AUGUCAGCCAUUUCAACCAUGCUUUAUGCUCUCCUCUUUCUGGUAGCUGCAGUUCCAACAUCAGCCCUGCCCCUUCAAGCACGACAGAAUGAGGAUCUCGCCCCUAAACAAGGUGCUACAGCAUGGAAUGAAGGAGCCGUGACCGAAUUCCAAAUCCAUGCGUCUUGUAACGCUAGCGAGGCCCGACAACUUCGUGCUGCUCUCGCUGAGACCGUCGACCUAGCACAACAUGCAAAGCAACAUGUCCUUCGUUUCGCUAAUAGUUCGGAGCAGUAUCAAAAGUACUUCGGCGAUGCACCUUCUGGUGAAGUCAUUGGGUAUCUCGACAAAAUUGUGAGCGGUGACAGAGGUUCAUCUCUGUUCAGGUGCGACAAUCCAGACGGCAAUUGUGCAAUCGAAGGAUACGGAGGGCACUGGCGUGGGGCGAACGCCACCGACGAGACCGUCAUCUGUCCGCUGUCAUUUGAGACUCGAAAGUCGCUGAUACAAAUGUGCGCUUUGGGGUACAAUGUCGCCGAAUCUAAAACCAACACGUUCUGGGCUUCGGACUUGAUGCAUCGCUUGUACCACAUGCCCGCGUUCGGAGAAGAUACGGUCAGCCAUUAUUCGGAAGACUACCAAGAGCUCCUUGAAAACGCAGAGCACAAUGCAACGUUGUCGACCAGAGACAGCGAUGCUCUGCAGUAUUUUGCUCUGGAAGUGUACGCGUAUGACAUUGCAGUACCAGGAGUUGGGUGUCCGGGACCGGAUGACACAGCGGAGGGCGGCGCUACACCGACGCAAGGUUCGGGAUCGGCUUCGACCACAACCUCAGCAGCUGCAGAAUGCCAUACUCAUGAUAACGGCGACGUGCAUUGCACUUGA